CUCCCUUCCCCUCUCUGGUUUGGUGCAUUCCCUGUUCCAGAAGCAAGUGCAGCUCAGACGACGAUGCAUUCCACACACACCUGCUGUCGGUGCACGCACACACAUUCUGUCUCUGCCUCCUUUCUUUCACAACACGCAUGAGCGGACAACGCUUGUCGUGGUUUCCCAAUCACAAGCCGGCGCUUUUCAUAGAGUUCAGUAGCGACUGGUUCGUCGCAGCGCGCCCGCCCGCCCGCCGUGUGUCAUGCUCUCGGUGGCCCGUCUCUUUCUCUGUCCCCUGUUUCCGCCUGCCUCGCUCCCCGCGCACUACUGGAGCCAGAGCAAGUUGAGCGUAGUCCAGACAAGAGAGAGAGAAAAAAUGAGCUCAAACGCGCAGAUGGACGCCAUGCACCUUCCCCCUAAUGCAAAGAACAGGAUUCACCGCCUUCCCUCAAGCGUCGGCGGCGACUGCCAUUUGCCUGCCCCCACGAGACGGAAGGCACAGGUUGACUGCUGGACUGCUGCUUCUGAUUUGGGUGGGUUGUGCGAGUGGUCCUCCUGCCUGGGCUGGGUUGGUGGUGGUCGCCUUCUGUAA